AUGGUGGCCCGACAUUUUGCCAAGCGGAAGUCGCUGUAUCCAUUCAUGACAAAGCCUGCCACGGUCUUUGACUUUGGGCUUUCUCCUAGUGAGGAGGAGAGAGCUGCCGAAUUGCACAAGACAGUUCGGGUUUACGAUGGUCUCAUGGAGUGCACUUGGUACCCAGGCAUCGUGGAGAAUAUCCUCGCCGGGGGUCCGCAGGUGGGAGGCAGUCUUUCACUCGGCAAUGCUGGACUUGAGCGAUUUCUGGGUGAAAAGGAGCACAUGGAUGCUGUGCCAGAGAAGUUUUGGACCUACGAAACACUUGUAAGGGACCUCGCCUAUAUCCGUGCUGCCUGCCAUGAAAGUGCUGGUAAAGUGCAUUUUUGUACCUCAGCUGCUGAGCUGGAUGCCGCAUACUCAGCAGGCGCUGUGGCCUUAAGCGCCGAUGUGCAGAAUUCAAAUUUCAUUGGACCAGACUUUGAUCGCUUGGAGACGGUGUACUGGCUUGGGCUGCGUCGGAUUCAAAUGACCUACAACGAUGCAAAUCCUGCUGGUUUCGGCUGUAUGGAAGAUGUGAACGGUGGCCUGACGAAAUGGGGUGAGAGGUUGGUGGGUGCCAUGAACGAGUUGGGUAUGAUCGUGGACACCGGGCACUGCAAGCCACAGACCGUCAUUGACGCAGCCAAAGCAUCCCGGAGACCUAUGACCUGCUCACAUGCUGGCUUAGUGUCCAUUUGCCCGGGGAAUCCUCGCACGCAGACACAGGAAGCCAUACGGGCCGUGGCAGAGACGGGAGGUGUUUUUGGCUUAGUUGCCGCACCUUCGGCCGUGAACAACACCGACUGGUGCACAGUGGGUGACCUUGUGAACAACAUUCAUGCGGCUGUGCAGCUGAUCGGUGAAGACCACGUAGGCUUCGGCUCCGAUUUUGUGAUGGCCGCUUCAAUGGAGGAGAUCCUGCGAGCUCCAGAGUGGGAUGCGGAGAGGGCCGAUUCCGUGAACACUAGCGGGUUGGUUUGGCCUUUCUCCGAUGGGCACGCUGGCUUCGAAAACAACGCAGGCUAUAGAAACCUGACCCGCGGGCUUGUUGCAAAAGGCUAUUCAGACGAGUCGAUCCGCAAGAUUAUGGGAGGCAACUUCCUGCGAGUUUUCAAGGAUGUCGUGGGUUGA